AUGAGCACCAGGCAGGAGGCCAGGAGAGAUGAGAGAGACACUGGUGGGAGGGGACAGGAGGCAGAGCUUCUGGACCGAGCCUACCUGAGCCAGCAGCGCCGGCUCAAACAGGCCACCCAGUUCCUGCACAAGGAUUCCGCUGACCUGCUCCCCCUGGACAGCCUCAAGAGGCUCGGCACCUCCAAGGACUUGCAGCCGCACAGCGUGAUCCAAAGACGCUUGAUGGAGGGGAACCAGAGUAGGCUUCAGGGGGAGUCUCCCCUGGUGCAGGCCCUGAUUCAAGACCAGGAGAGCAGCAGGCAGACCAGUAGGACAGAGAUUCCAGUUCUUCUUGUCAACUGCAAGUGCCGGGACCAGCUGCUGACAGUGGCCGUGGACACAGGCACACAAUACAAUCAGAUCUCCGCUGGAUGCCUCAGCCGCCUGGGAUUAGAGAAGCGGAUCCUUAAAGCCCCAGGUGGUGGCCUGGCACCUGGGCCCCCAACCCAGGUAGAGCAGCUGGAGCUACAGCUAGGGCAGGAGACUGUGGCCUGCUCGGCCCGGGUGGUGGAUGUGGAGAGCCCUGAAUUCUGCCUUGGACUGCAGACUCUGCUUUCUCUCAAGAGCUGCAUCGACCUGGAGCGUGGAGUGCUGCGGCUGAAAGCCCCGUUCCCAGAGCUGCCCUUCCUGCCUUUGAACGAAGACCCUGGCCAGUGA